AUCUCAAUUAAAUAUAAAAAUGGAUACGAAUUCAGGGAAACCGAAACGCUCUUUUAAGCGGCCCUUUGCCUUCCCCAAGAACUGUGUAUACCGCCCGCUGCGGCAGAUAAGCAACAUGGAGCGGAACUUAAAGCUGCCCGCCGACAGGCCCACCUACUUCACGCUCAAUGCGCCGCCCUCGCUGGUUCCGGCCAAGAAGUACUCGGACAUCAGCGGCCUGCCCGCUCCCUAUGCCGAUCCGCACACCAAGCUGCGGUUCGCCAACGCGGACGAGUACGCUUCCAUGCAGCACAUGCCCUCGGACAUCAUCAACGGCUACCUCACAGUGCGCGGCUACACAAGCGCCGUGGGAUAGAUUUAUCUAUAUCUACAGUAUAAGAUA